AUGGCGCGCGACGCGUGCGCGCGCGCGCGCGAGCGCAUCGCGGCGUCGAUCGCGGCGUUUAUGACGCGCGAGGGCCUCGCCCCGGACGCGCGCGCGCGCGGGCGAGGCGGCGACGGGGGGGCGAGCGAUGGGUGCGUCGCGACCGACGACGGAUGUCGGUCCGUCGACGACGCGUCCGCGCUCGGGAACGACCGCGGGCGGGUGAAGACGCUCGCGUCGUUCUCGGGGCGUCCAUCGGACGCGAACGCGGCGCGGGCGCGGGCGAAGACGGGUGGUGCGAGGGAGAUCUCGGCGACGCGGGCGGGCGACGCGGCGACGGCUGCGACGCGCGACGACGACGGACGCGACGCGACGGGGGACGGCGGGACCGCGGCGGGACCGGUCGAGGCGGGCGAACGGUGCGCACGGGUGCGCGCGCGAGACGCGGAUGAUUUCGACGCGCUCGUGAAGGGAUUCGUCGAGGAGGAGGAGGCGGAGGCGGAUGGAGACGCGCGCGGCGCGGACGAAGACGCGCGGAUGGACGCGGUCGACGCGGCGAAGGUGGUCGAGACGCGCGCGCGCGUCGAACAGACGGAGUUGACGGCGGCCGACGCGCAUGGGACGCGUCCGGGGACGACCGUCGAGGCGGUGGAGACGGAGACGCGAACGGCGGACGUCGAGCCGAAAUCGUCCGAAGGCGCCGAGGAGGCAAAGGCGGAUCUGACGAUGAUGUUUCCGAGCUCGAAGCGUCGUCCGAUGGGAACGCUCGGGGGAUUCGACGAGGUGAUGCGGGUGAAGAAGAAACGCGCGAAACGAUCGAAGCCCAUGCCCAAGCCGAGAUACGACCCGACGCCGAAACUUCUGGAGGAUGAUUUAGUGGCGCUCCCGGCGAGCCAAAUCGUGGGAUUGAACAACGUCGUCGACGAAGAGGAUGAUUACGAUAAUAUCGAUAGCAUCGAAAUGGAGGACGCGUUCGAUGAUGCGCGGGAGGAGGUUCUCGAUACGGACGUGGACGAUUCGCCCCAGGUAACCGAGGUUCCGAGGCACGUGACGUUACCGACCGACGAGCAAAAAUUUCCCAGCUCGACCGUACGAGUGGUCGGAAGGGCGGAGGGUACGAUAAAUGCGUGCGCAAUGACAGACAUGAACGGCGUUGUGACAGAAGACGCCGCAAUAACGGACGUGGAAGAGGGCGAGGAGGUGACGCAGCCGGACGAAACGCCGACCGACGUCGAAGAAGCGCCGAGCGCGUUCCCGGGUGUGCCGGUGAAGAGUGCCAUAGAAACCGUCAAGGCGAAUGUAUAUAUCGGUCGAUCGCUCGCCAUGAACGAGCCGGAACAGGAGGCUUUGCCCGCGGCGAAUCCCACAUCAACGUUCCCUGGAAAACCAGUGAGCGCACGUAUGCCGACGUCGCAAGUGGCGCAAUCGGAUAUUACCUUGCCCUCGUCAACUCAAGAACCGGUGACUGAAAAUGUCGAAAGCGCGUGGGAUCCUUCCGCUGGGUUCGAGAACGUCCCAGGUCCGGUGAAGAGGGGGAGAGGGAGACCACCCAAAAUCGUCGCGGAAACGCUGUUGGCGAAGACGGUUAUGCAACUGAUUGAGUCCACGCUUGCCGUCUCCGAUCUCACCAAACCGCAGUAUAGCCACAUCAUUCGCGAGAGUAUGCACAAGAUAACGACGACGGUGCCGAAAGAAUUCGAUCAAAACACGGAGGAAGGGACACGAGCCUUCCUCUCAGAUUCAUGCAAGCAGAAGAUACACAGUCUGCUCGACACGUACGUCACGCGGCUCAAAAGAAGAUCGAACUCGAAACACUCCACCACUCAGAAGCUUCCGCCUCACAAACAACACGUAUAUAACACGUCGCGAUGA